UAACGGGUAGGCCCAGUCGAUUUGUAAAAUCCUGGUAGCCAAGCAAACCCCAACCCUGAGGGCGCACAAUCCUCGAGUCUUGCUAAUACUGGUGGGAGCUCAGCUUUGCCAGAUCCAUGAGCUUAGAUGAAAUGUUGGCUCCAAUCGACAAGUUGGCAAAAAUCCUAAAAAGCCUGGACUCCUUCGGUUUUGGAUACUCAAACACUCACAUAGACGUUAGACUCCUGGUCCGUGUCUCAAGACGGGCGACUUGCAGCCAUUACGCCAGCAUCCGAGAUAAAUCCCCAGGCCUCGGGAUGAGAUGGAAGGUGUGGACAAGGUCUGCAAUACUCGACAACUACAUUUCCUUUUUUUUUUUAACUUCUCCUCGGCCUAACACGAAGGUAGUGUCUGCUUGCAAGCCCUUUCCUUUCAGCAACUACACGUACUUUUCCACUCUCUUUUCAAAGUGCUUUGCAUAUAUCCAUUACUGUACUUGUUCGCUGUCAGGCUCUCGCCAAUAUUUAGCUUUGGAUGGAAUUCACCACCCACUCAGAGCUGCAUUCCCAGGAAACUCGACUCCUUGGUGGUCAAAAAAAAGUAGAGCAAACUGAAUUCCUAUCACCCUCCAUGGCGCCAUAUCCCAACGGACUUAAGAAUGUUUGAACUGACUGAGACCCCUUCAAUUAAAAUUCCCU